GAAAAUCAACCCUUGUUUACAGCUUUGCCCUGAGGUAUAUCAAAGAUCGACAAGUGCCAGAACCAAAAGCUACAUGGGAAAAAUGAACGGGUGAUCGUUUGAUGUUAUUAGGAUUCAGAUCGGUGUCGGAGCUACCGAAGCCUGAAGCCGACUGUUGUUGUAACCCCUGCCAAACGCCCAUUGGAACCCACCUGUUCGGGCACUUACAGCAAGCCAUGGAUUUUGCAGAACCAUGUGGUGUUCACGACAGAUACACGACUUCAAUGCAGAUGCGCUCGUCUUAAACAGAAGCAAGUCACCGCCCGAAGAGCAGCAUCGUGAUGUGCGGCUUGGCGACUAUAUCUGGACGACACGAAAAACUCAGAGGCAUGUCUUGGCGAAGCCCCCCUCGCCAAGAGCGCCGCCAACGCCAAGAACGCAAUUCCCAUCGUCCGGACAAAACAGCGCAGGUCUGGGCAUGACUGUCCUGCCGUUCUAGAUCGAGUUGUGACAAUCCCAUCUCUUCUCUUCCUUCCAAAAAAUCCAUUUCUCUCUGUGAACAUCCCUGUUGCUGCGAUGGCUGCCAAAUCGAAAGCGUAACCGCUCUUGCCACACCUCCAAAACAUCAUGAGAUUUGGGCGAGAGGAACGGCGCCGGGGAGGACGAGUCUCUUGCUGGAUCUGCACCACGGUUGUGAUAGCGCGAGCAAUCACUGGUGCACACGGCCAAUCCACCGUAUCGGUUUACAUACCCGGCUACGGGGAGGCUCACUGGGCUGCUCUUCGCGGCAGCAUCAUUGGCAGUGACCAAUCCGCAACAACCUACACGGUCUUUUGUGCUGAGAAGGCGCCAAGUUGUCAGAUUGCCGGCGACCUUCCCUUUGUCUUCACGGAAGGGCCAGGGACUUUGAAAUACGGUGGCGUGGCCCCUGGGAAACUAACGGCCGAACUUGAAUGCAGCUUGGACGGCACAACGGCCGCAACCUGCACAGGAUCGUCAUCCUUCGGGGCCAACCAUUGGGAGGGCACCAUCACGGGGCCGACGCAGACUAUGUGGACGGAGACUUUCACGACGCCCGAGGUAACAUGGGGCGCGUUGACAUUGACAACACCGGGUCCGUUACCCAACACGAUUGACAUUGACGGGACACCAGCAGCAUCGUUGACGAACUCGCCUGUCAAGGGCGCCGGUUUUAGCCUGGACCCGGUGAGAGCUAGCUGGUUGUCGGGCGUCUCAUCUGGGGCUGUUAUUUUGUUUGUUCUGACAUUCAUGUAAAGGGGCGCGGAAACGGGCGUUUGAUGGUUUUAUGUGCUCCGGUUAUGGAUCGGGGCCGGUGGAGAUACACGGCACGGUGUUUUUGUUCCCCGAUUUCACUUUUGGUUCAAAGAAGUACGGAUACCCCUUUUUUCGAGUCGCAUGUAGUUCCGAGGUUGUACAGAAACAUAUAGGGACGGGAAAUAUUUCAGGUUUUUAUGCGCCUACUUCGAUACGGAGCUUGUCUUUCUAUUCACCCUGAGCCAUCUCAACAACCUCUCUUCAGCUGGAGAUGCAAGGCGAGAAUGACCCACUUGACAGCACUGUCAGCUUCAGAGAGGACUCGCCCAGUCGCGCGGCACGUCGUGGACAGGGUGGUU